AUGUCCGACGAUUCAGCCAACAGACAUUUUCGCGAACAGGUUCGCUCUUGGGGCAGCACGAACAAGCCCAACGCCCGCGAUGGCGAGGUAGACGAGGAAUCGCCUCUACUCAACGGCAACCACUCCUCCGGUCACCAUGGCCAAAAUGGCAAUGGAAACGGCGUCGCCGAACAUGACCACCACCAAAACAAGACCUACGGCUUCUUCCUCGACCCAAGGCAUACUCCAGGCACCGACAGCGACAACGUUGCCGUGAGAUACGGCUCUUACGCCUGGCACAUCACCAAGGUUACUCUCCUCAGCAACUAUGUCAACUUCCUUCUGGUCAUGGUGCCUAUCGGCAUCGUCGCAGGCCAGGGCAACUGGAGCUCUACCGCCGUCUUCACCAUCAACUUCUUCGCUAUUAUCCCGCUUGCCGCCGUCUUGUCAUUUGCGACCGAACAGAUCUCCGUGAAGCUGGGCGAGGCACUUGGAGGACUGCUUAACGCUACUUUUGGAAAUGCCGUCGAAUUGAUUGUCAGCAUUGUCGCCUUGAAGGACGGUCAGAUUGAGGUCGUUCAGUCGUCCAUGCUGGGCUCGAUCUUGUCCAACUUGCUUCUGGUUAUGGGCAUGUGCUUCUUCUUUGGCGGCAUUGUCAACAUGCGCGACAGAGUUACGGGCCAAGGCAUGGAACAGAGCUUUGCUUCCGCAACGGCGCAGACCACUUGCUCGCUGAUGACCUUGUCUUCGGCUUCGCUGGUCAUCCCUGCUACUCUCUACUCCGCCCUGUCUAAGGCUGAUUCGGACGACAAGGAGCACAGCAUUCUGCUGCUCUCUCGCGGAACUGCCAUUAUUCUACUGACGUUGUACGUGAUGUACCUCUGGUUCCAGCUCCGCACCCACCCCAAUCUCUUCGAUGCCGAGAUCCAGCACCACCACGACGAGGAGCCUGAGGAGGCCCUCAUGGGUCCCAUCGCCGCCGCCGCCGUUCUCGUUGUCACCACGGUCCUGGUCGCCAUCUGCGCCGAAUACCUGGUUGGCAGCAUUGACGACCUCGUCGAGAGCGCGCACAUCAGCAAAAACUUUAUCGGUCUUAUUCUCAUUCCGAUUGUCGGUAACGCAGCAGAGCACGUAACGGCCGUGGUUGUGGCCAUCCGAAACAAGAUGGACCUGGCCAUGGGCGUUGCCAUCGGCUCCAGCAUCCAGAUCGCUCUCCUCGUCACCCCUUUCCUUGUCAUCCUCGGCUGGGCUGUUCUCGACAAGCCCAUGACUCUCCGCUUCGAGACUUUCGAGACUGUGGCCUUUGCCUUCUCCGUGCUUGUCGUUACGUACACCGUGCAGGACGGCAAGUCCAACUACCUUGAGGGAGCCAUGUUGCUUGGCCUCUACAUUAUCAUCGCCUUGGCUUUCUACGUCAGCCCCAGCGACGCCCUGGACAAGGCAUUUUCUACCGUCAUGGGUUGA